AGUGGAAAAUGCCAUAAGGGUUUUUCGGGAUUCUCAUUAUUAUUUUCACUCGCGUUGUCAAUAAGUCCCGCCGGGGAUUGGGUGGCGAUGGCUUCAGAGGGUAGUGGAGGUGGAGGUGGUGGUAAUUUGGCGGUAUGGGAAUGGCGCAGUCGGUCCCCUCACUUGCGUGCCGCUUCUCACGCUGCAAACGAGGUUACCAGCCUCGCCUAUUCUCCCGAUGGGCAGCUCCUGGCCACUGGAGGACGUGACGCCAAAGUGCGGCUAUGGCGGGUGGUCUCGGGUGGUCGAGCCGUCGUUACCUUUCAUGAACAUGCCGGUCCCGUCACUACUGUAGCCUUCCCUGCUACCAAACCCAAGGUCCUCCUCUCCGCCAGUCUUGAUGGCACAGUGAGGGCCUUCGAUUUAAAUAGAUACCGUAAUUUCCGGACAAUGUCAGUACCCAAUCGUGACGGGGUGCAGUUCUCCUGCCUAGCGGUGGACUCAACCGGCGAGUUGGUGGCUUGUGGCGCUUUAGAUACCUUUGAGGGCUUUGUCUUUGCCCUACGCACCGGCGAUCUCCUAGCAUCUCUCACGGGCCACACAGCUCCCAUCUCUGCGGUCCUCACUGCCGGCUGGGACGCUUCCAUCCGUACCUGGAGUUUGGCUGAGUCUGAAUCUGCCGCUGGCGGUGAGGGUAGUGGAUGCACUUUGUUGGAGACCAUCUCUGUACCCUUGGAUGGUGAGUUUCUUUUUGCUGUUUGUGCAACUACUUGCAGUUCACUUCCAGCCUUUGAUCUUUUGUCAUCUCUAUUAAUCGAAUCGACGAGUUGGCGUUUUUUCAUUGUUAACUUUGGAAAUAACCAUUGA